AUGGCUGUCAACGAGGUUCAAGUCUUCAAAUUAGCCGUCGGGGACCAGUUUGGUCGCCUAACGGAUCGCGAGAAGCGAUAUGCGCAUCAUAUGGCCCGUGCUUCUUGGUCGGGAGCAAGAAUCAUCUUCCAGCAGGUUUCUCCCGAGUCCGUCCUAAUUUUUGAUUUCAUCAUGGAGCUUCAUCGUAUUUGCUCUGGGGACUGGGAAUCUUUGAUCUGUCCCGGGGUGACAGGAGAAGAUCUCCAAAAUUUCAAGAUUUACGCUGCUACGUUUUUGUCAAAUGUCGGAAACUACUAUGGUUCUGGCGAUCAGAAAUUCGUCCCUCAAGUGGAAAGCGCUGUCCUCCAGAAACUAUCGGACAAGUCCUCUACUUUAACUCGUCUAUACGAAAGCCUCUCCGAUAAGAUCCUCACAUUGCCGCCAUAUAGUCUUGGAUAUUCAAGUGAAACCGCUCAGACGGCUUAUUAUCCAGGAGGUGAUCUGAAGGAGUCCGACAUCACCAUGUUAUCAAAAUUUCUUGAGCAAAAUCACAUCCACCCCGAAAAUACCAGACUCCAGAAAGUUGGUGAAGGAGACUAUGAGAUUCUUCUUGCCUCUGUUGAAUCCGGUAGACAAAAACACCCAUCUCUAUCCAACGGUACAGGAUCAGUGCAGGUCGUACAGGGGGACCAUUCUUCUGACCUUCAACAUGUGUGUCAUGAACUCGCUGAGGCGGCCAAAUACACCGCAAAUGACCUUCAAAAGCGAUUUCUCGAAAAGUAUAUCGAAAGCUUCCAAACCGGGAGUCUGGACGCGUAUCGAGAAUCCCUACGAAUUUGGGUCAAAGAUAAAGGGCCUCGCGUAGAAAAUAUUUUUGGAUUUGUUGAACCGUACCGAGAUCCACACGGUAUCCGAGCAGAAUUUGAAGGACUAGUUGCUAUUGCUGACGAUGAAGAAACUACACUUCUUGCAAAGUUGGUUGAGAACUCGGCCACCUUUAUCCGUCGGCUCCCAUGGGCAACGUCUGAGAACAAUGGAAAGGGGCCUUUCGAGAAGAGUCUUUUUGCUCCUCCAGGCUUUUCUAGCAUCCAUUCGCUGGCAUAUUGCUCGAGCAUAAUUUUCCCAGGAAUCAAUGUUCCCAACUACAACGACAUCCGUCAGGAGGAUGGGUUUAAAAAUGUUAUUAUUUCUAACCGAAUGGUCACUGAGAGCCAGGCGAAACAGUACCCUUUUAUCCAGGCCUCGGAAACAGUAAUCUUUCAGAAGCAUAAGUUCCCAGCUUAUUACUGGUGGGUUGUUCUCCACGAGCUUCUCGGGCAUGGUACAGGUCAAAUGAUGGUAGAGCAUACAGAGGGAAAGUUCAACUUUGACAUCAACAACCCGCCAAUCAAUCCGCUCACAAACCAACCCAUCUCGACCUGGUAUAAACCAGGGCAGACUUGGACAGGCGAAUUUGGAGAUUUAGCAACCACGGUGGACGAGUGUAGAGCUGAACUCGUAGGCGCGUACUUGAUGGACGACGUCGAGCUCCUUGAGUUGUUUGGCUUCUCGGAGACCUCCGAAAUUCGCGCAGAUGAUUUGACAUAUAAUAUAUACCAACAGCUAGGUGUUGACGGUUUGCGAGGACUAUCCAACUUCAACGUAACCAAUGGCAAAUGGGGUCAGGCGCAUAGUCGAGCGCACUUCGCGAUGCUGAAGUGUUUAAUUCGCGAUGGAGGCGGCGUUAUUACCAUUGUUCAUGAUAAGCCGGGCAACAACCUUACAGUCCACGUAGACCGCUCCAAAAUUCGCACUCAUGGAAAGGCAGCUCUCGGGAAAAUGCUUCUACAUUUGCACAUGUUCCGAUGUACGGCUGACGCGGAGAAUUGUCGGGCCUACUAUGAGGAGCUCUCUAGGGUGGAGGGGGAACACUUGUCCUGGCGCGAGACGGUCCUCUUGAAGAAGCCUCCUCCAAUGAUUUUUGUCCAUGCUAAUACGUUUCUUGACGGGGACAAGGUCAUUCUGAAGGAGUAUAACCCUACUGUCGAGGGUAUCAUCCAAAGCUGGGCUGAGAGACUUAUCUGA